UGCAGCCUGUUACACGGUUGAAAACAACAACAACAACGAUUGUCUGCAAAAAAACCAUCUAUAGAAUUACUUAAACACCAGAAACAACACACUUUAGCAUCACCAAUGUCUGUUAGUGAUCCACUGCUGAAGAAACUGAAAGCUUUUGUACUUGCAUUACGUUCCAAGGCUGAACCAGUAACAGACUCGCACACACUACUGUGUCCAUUAUGUGAGAACAUCGAAAGCAUCCUUCUUAAGGGACUCAAAGCUAACAUUUCAUGGCUUGGCUCAAGUAAAACUGAAUACUGGACAUGGAUAUCCAAAAUUCCAGCACUGUUGGAACAAAAUAGGGUAAACCCACUGUUAUCUAUGUCAAUUACUGCAGUGAAAAAAUGUGAAAAGACUAAACGUGACAGAGGUAGAGGAAGAAAUUUUGUAAGGAUUGCACUAAUGAAGAAGUUGUUGGUAUCUGUUAUUACAUUUAUGAAAGACAACACAGAAUUUGCACAGUUGCAUUACGAUGGAUUUGACUCAAUCAUAGGGAAUGAAAUACUUACAGAGAUAUUCCUGUCUCUGUUACAUGAAUUGCAACAAGUCACAUUUAGUCUUCAGUUAAAGAAUGCAAGUUUUCUGGAUAUAUGCUGGGAUCUGCCUGUUAAUAAACAGUAUGAGUUUGUGCCGUCUGAUGACCUUGGACUUGAUAUUAGAACUGUGAAAGGAUAUCCUCUAGUAACACAAGUAGAUCCAAACAGUGUUGCUGGAGAAGAUGGCAAAGUUUGUGUGGGAGAUGUGUUAGAUGAGAUGUGUGGAGCAAGCCUAAGAGGAGUUGGAAAAAGUGGGGUGUAUUACAUCUUUCAUCAGCAUGAAGGUCAGCCAGUGCAACUCAGUGUGAUAAAGGCACAGAAUAAAGAUGGAAGUUUAUAUGGUCCUAUAGGCCAGUUGAGAGGGAUUGUAGGAAUCAAUGAUGGUGAAAAAUCGCCAUCUACACCAGACACCAGCUCACCUUUAGCAGACUUUGAAGACCGUCUUCCACCUGAGGCAAUUCUACCAGAGGAGAUAGUAGAUGAGGUUCCAGUACAUGAUUCAGAAGGGAGGGCAAGCUAUAAAACCAUAUAUCUUGGGAAGUCCUACCUAGGCAAGGAUGGUAGAGUCAAUAUGAUAGAACAAGGUGUGGCUGAAAUGAUCAACAGGUCAAUGGAGAAACAAAAUGUCAUCCUUGAGCUUGGAGAGAAAGAACUAUAUAUUACAGAGGUGACAUCUAAUAAGGUGCUGGUUCAACAUUUAUAUACUGAAAUAUCAGCAUGUGGCCGGAGGACAGAUGCUUUGAAAAAUUUUGCAUUUAUAGCUGGUGAGACGUAUUGCAGUUUAGCAAAAGAAUUUUAUUGCCAUGUAUUUGAAGCUGUUUCACCAGAGGAAGCAAAAGUUAUUCUGUGCACAAUUGCUCAAGGCUUUGACAGGACACACCUGAUGACAUGAUAUGCACAGAUACAAUGUUGGAUGUACCAUGGUGGAAACCGAAGAAAUGUGAUUCUUGGAGAUCUGAACUUUAAAUAUUUACCUACGCAAUACCUUUACUUCUUUGCUUUUACAGAACCUUUAUCUUUAAUAUUAUUUACAAAGAAA